AUGCGUAUCAAAGUGUGUGUGAAGUGUGGCAAAUGCAUGAAGAAAGCAAUGAAAAUUGCAGUUGUAGCAAAGGGUGUAACCUCAGUGGCCAUGGAAGGGGAAUUUCAGGACGAGAUUGUGGUGGUUGGAGAUGGAGUUGAUGCAGCUUGUUUGGUUGUUGCCUUGAGGAAGAAAACAUGCUAUGCCACUUUAGAGACUCUUGAAGAAGUGAAGCCAAAUACUGUCAAUCAGAAGAAGCCACAGGUCGAUGAAAAGUCAGUUACAUCGCACUGCUGCGUACCUCAAUGCUCCUCGGUUAGCUACGAGCAGCGACUUCCUUGGACAUAUGAAGUAGUCAAUGAUUCCUAUGGUCCAACCACCGGAUGCUCAAUCAUGUGA